CUCCGUCCUCGUCCUGAGUCGCUUGCUCACAUCCAUUUUUCGCAAUGGCCUCCGCUAUUCCCCCUAUUACCGGCAUGCUCCGCCGGGGUCUUGUUCUUGACCUGAGUACCGCUUUUGGCUUCGGCACCACCUUCGGUUACCUCUGGUGGUACGGCUUCCACCUCGACCGCGUCCGCGACCGUGACACCUACUACGCCAAGCUCGACCAGGAGCGUGCCUCGCAGAAAUAAAUUCGUCCUCGGUCCUAGUCAACUGUUCAUGGCAAUGUUGGUGGACCGUUCGUUUGUCGAUACUAUCGAUAGCAUGGAAUAAAGUCGUUAUGUUCUGAUCCACGGGUCGAGGUUGAAGACUUGUAUAUAUGUACCUCUACAUCUCGAACUUGCACCCUGCAACAAGUUUAUCCGGACCACUCUGGCAGCCCAGUGAUUGUAGCUCGUAAGGAUCUAUCCAGUCGCUAAUUAUCAUAUACACGUGCGUAUCAAUCGUAAGACCUCCGUGUCCGGCAUCUACCGCAGCACACGUUCAAAGUCAUUCCCCCUCACCGAACCACCAGCCAUCGAGCUCCGCACAUGCCGCUUAAACGAAUCGCGGUUCGUACGCAAAUCCUCCGCGGCCUCUUU